CACACACACACACACACGGUUCAGUUGUCUCCCUAGCCAAAACCUCACCUACCCAUAUUUAUACAGGGCACCAACAUAUGGCAAUUGGGUUUUCUCUGCUAGCGGCUCAGCGUUUGUGACUAGACAUAGCCCCAGUGUACCCAGUGUGCGCAAUCCCAAAUGGCUCUGGACUCUGACACACUGAAAUUGGAGCUAUCGCUUUGAUUUGCAAGUGACGCUUUGCAAACUUGAGACACGAUGUAGGGGAAGCGUGAGGCGAGCAGGCAUUACAAAGAAAAUCUCGGAAGCUGUUAUUUCCAUGCAGCGCUGGAGCGUGGGGUCUAUUCCCGGCGCCCCUUGGAAGAAGCUCACUAUGCCCGGGCAGAGCCUGGAGGAUUUCUCUCUGGCUCAUUCGGAAGACAAUGAGAUCAGCAUCAACGUCGGAGGCUUUAAGAAAAAGAUGCGACCCAACACCCUACUAAGAUUUCCCGAAACCAGGCUGGGCAAACUGCUGAGCUGCCACUCAAAGGAGUCGAUAUUAGAGCUCUGCGACGAUUAUGAUGACGCCAAGAACGAGUUUUACUUUGACCGGAACCCCGAACUUUUCCCCUACGUGUUACAUUUUUACAACACCGGCAAGCUCCACGUGAUGGGCGAACUCUGCGUGUUCUCCUUCAGCCAGGAGAUUGAAUACUGGGGCAUCAAUGAGUUCUUCAUUGACUCAUGCUGCAGCUACAGCUACCAUGGGAGGAAAAUGGAGCCAGAUCAAGAGAAAUGGGGAGAGCAAAGUGACCGGGAAAGCACCUCGUCUUCCUUUGAUGAAAUCUUGGCCUUUUACAAUGAUGCUGCCAAGUUUGACAGACAACCCUUUGGAAACAUCAGGAGGCAGCUCUGGCUAGCUCUGGACAAUCCUGGCUACUCUGUCUUGAGCCGAAUAUUUAGCGUCUUGUCAAUAGUGGUCGUUCUUGGUUCCAUUAUGACUAUGUGCCUGAACAGCCUCCCAGACUUCCAGCUAGUUGACAGCUAUGGGAAAGCAGAGGAAGAUCCUCGGUUUGAAAUUGUAGAACAUUUUGGCAUUGCAUGGUUCACAUUUGAGCUGAUGGCAAGAUUUGCGGUGGCUCCUGACUUCUUGAAGUUUUUCAAGCAUGCCCUGAAUCUGAUUGACCUCAUGUCCAUCCUGCCAUUUUACAUUACCUUAAUUGUUAACUUAGUUGUGGAAAGUAGCCCGGCUUUAGCAAAUUUAGGUAGAGUAGCCCAAGUCCUGAGACUAAUGAGGAUCUUUCGCAUCUUAAAACUUGCUCGACAUUCAACUGGCCUCAGGUCUCUUGGGGCCACUUUGAAGUAUAGCUACAGGGAGGUAGGGCUUCUCUUACUAUACCUCUCUGUUGGGAUCUCCAUAUUCUCGGUAGUGGCUUAUACCAUUGAAAAAGAAGAAAACGAGGGCUUAGCCACCAUCCCCGCUUGCUGGUGGUGGGCUACAGUUAGCAUGACCACAGUUGGUUAUGGAGAUGUUGUCCCAGGGACCACUGCUGGCAAAUUGACAGCGUCUGCAUGCAUCCUAGCUGGUAUCUUGGUGGUAGUGCUUCCUAUAACACUCAUCUUCAAUAAAUUCUCUCACUUUUAUAGGCGUCAGAAGCAGCUAGAAAGUGCCAUGAGGAGCUGUGAUUUUGGUGAUGGAAUGAAAGAGGUUCCAUCAGUCAAUUUAAGGGACUAUUAUGCUUAUAAAGUUAAAUCCCUUAUGGCCAGUUUUACCAAUCUGAGCAGGAGUACUCCCAGCGAACUAAGCCUAAAUGAUUCACUGCAUUAGACUGCAGGUCUGACAGCAGUUUGCAUGAUGUGCACCAAGAGCUGUGUUUAUAAACAUUUUCCUAUUCCUUGUUUUUUCUUCUAGCAUAUAGUGUUGCUGACAUUGCACUAACUUUGCACCUAACAAGAAAUUUAGUUGCAAACUGACAGCUUGCACAUUUCCAUCCCGUUGCAUAGAAACAAAAUGCUCAUUUUUCUAGACAAGUGUUACUGUGUCCAUGACACUAGUGCUAGUGGUGCAGUGCUGGUUUGUUAUUUGCUUGUUUCCUUUAGAUGUCCUUGUGUGAGCAGAGAAAUGAGCUGAUCCAGGGGAAAACCCACAACUGUGAAAUUAACAAUGAAAUAAUCUGUUUUCACUUACAAUGAUGUGACAACUCUUAAUAGCUGUACAUUUCCCAGUUAGUUUAAAACCUUCCCAAGGCAGAUUUUAAAAAGAGCAUUUUAAAGUAUCUGACACUAACUGCAAGUUAAAAACUUACCUGUGAAUAGUUUACAUAGUAACACAUUGCCACCUUGUUAUGCCUGCUAAUACUAAUGUUAACCACCUCUGAAAACACAAGUGAGUGUCGCAGUUCAGGGAAAAUUGGCAUUUGUUCAAGAGCACGUGUAUUAAAGCACUGGGUGGUCUUUUGAAAUUAAACACAUAGUGAGAUUUUCAAACGCACUCGGAAUUGUCUGUCUCUGCCUCCAGCCACAUCAGAAGAAAAAAUCCCAUUGCCCUCAUUGGGAGCAGAAAUAGGCCAAUACUGAGAACUUCUGAAAAACAGACCCAAAGCUUUUAAAUUAUGGGAGCUUUAAGGCCACAUUUUCAAAAGUGGUCUACAGCCCUGGUGCUCAUUGACUUCAGCUGGAGCUGCAGACAUUCAGCAUCUCUGAAAGUCAGGCCCAAAGGAAGGAAGAAGGAAGUUGGGCUUCAGAGGAAGUUGGGCUCUCCAAAAUGGAGGCAUCCAACAAUUAGAAGCCACAUGUGAAAACUUGGGUCUCUCUAGAGUAUGGAAAUAUUCCAAAAUGAAUGAUAAAGGCAUUAUUUUAGGAGCUGACAUUUACCUACUGAAAGAUGACUAAUUAAAAAGAUAGCAUAUGUAUUUCUGAGAUACAACCUAAUUUUGUCAGGGAGGACUCUUGAUGCUUGGCAUGAGAAUUAAAACAGGUGUCCAUGGUAAAUAAUCUCAUUAAGAUUUCUGCAGAUGAAACUCUAGGGGAAUAAAUAUAGCUAGUAUUUCUACUUAAAAAAUGGUUCAGAAAAGGACUCCUGUCUCUCAGUUCAGGAAGAAGCAUUAAGGCCAAGACCAAGAAAGGGCACUUAUUGGAUCAGAUCCUUUGAUGAUGUAAAGCAGCUGAGAAUCUGCCCUAGUAUUUGUAAAAUCUGUUUUAAAUAAGACAGCAGAUCUUGAUAUUUAAUUGUCCAAGUCAUGACUCUGCAUAAACUAAUCUUAUGAGUGCUUAAAGUUGUUUCUCCCUGUCCACUGUAAUGGUUUAAGGAUCAAUACUCUCAGCUCAGACAAUGCCCUCUCUACCAUACUAUCAUAUUUCCUGUUUACUAGAGAACUGUGCUGUCAAGCAAACUACCAGUACUCCGCUGGCAAAAUGGCUCUUUUCUGUUCAAACGCUGCUAUAUUGCCAUCCAGUUAUCUAUUGUUUUCAAGUCAAUUUGUGGUAUAGCAAUUUAUGAAGAUAAGGUGGGUUCAGAGAAUAGGUUCAAAUUAGGGAGAUUAGGAAGUGUCUUAAAGCACUAAGGCCAAAAUUGUCACAUUUGGCAGACUAAAAUUAGACAUCGAAAUAAUAUUCAGGCACUUGAACAAAAAGGGCCUAAUUAUCACGGAUGCUGAGCAUCCACAGCUCACCUUGGGUCAGAAGGACAUAGGAGUUGUCAAACCACAGCAGACCAGCUGUGGUCCAGCUAAUUCAGUGUGCUGUUUCUGACAGUGGCCAGCACCACAUGUUUUAGAAGAAGGUAUAAGAACUCUGUAGUAGGUAGAUGUGGAAUAACCUGCCCAUAAUGCAAAUUUCUUCCCAGCCCCCUUCAGUUAGUGGUUGGCUUAUGCCCAGAAGGAAGCAUGGCAUUUAUAUCCCUUCUAAAUGUUUUUGUUUAAAAAAAAUCCGUAUUGAUGUCCAUAUAUUUCUCUGUAACUUCAGCAGGAGAUAUGAGUGGUCAGAACCUCAGAAAAUUUGACAGUUUAUAUUUAAGCGUCUGACUCUGGAUUUAGGUGCCUAAAUUUAGGCAUUCACAUUUGAAAAGGUGAGCCAAUGCUUUUGCCUCUGGAGGACUGAGAUCAAUUUCUGUGUUGGGUCACAGGUGUAGUUAAAUUUGGUGGUCUCAACCUAGUACUGAACUGGAACAUUUGGACACUACCAUCAAAUCUGGAAUGAUAAUCAAAAGAAGCACAGCACUAGAUUAUGGGCAUUUCAGGUCAGGAUUGAUAUACCUGGAAAGAAGUAUGUGGGAGGUCUUGCAUAGCACUUAUACACAGAGUAGGCUGAGUCCUGCAGAGCUGGCAAAAAUUUCCAUUGAUGCCAAGGAUAAUUUGGCCUUCAUUAGGUUUACCAGUUUGUGGUCUAUGCAGAAUCACUCUCUAGCCAGGGGUCUUAUUUUCUCAGCUUCACAAUCAAAGAAUUCACAGAGUUUUAAAAAAAAAUCCUAAAUAGUAUAUUAUUUUUAGGCCAGUUAUUUCUGCAGACAUGUAGAAUUGUCGAAGGGUCAUGAAUUCCCCCAGCUGUUAGUUUAGCAUUGCAAAGUUUGGAUUAUUUAAAUAAGAUAUAUAUAAUCUUGUCUUACAGAUUUAUUAUUCAUAGGGACAUUGUUCAGUCAUUUCUUCAGAAAUUGAAUGGAAUGUUUCCAAACUGCAUUUUAUGAAAGAAAAUGAAGUUCCCCAAGGAGUCACUAUUUUUAUUGUAUUGCUUGUAAGGAAUUUUCAAUAUUGCUUUUUUUAUAUAAGUGCUAUGGAUCAAAGAUGCUAAGUAAAUAAAGUACUGCAAUUUAGUAUGCACUCAU